UUGUAUUUUUCUACAUUUGUAUAUAUUGAUGUAAUUCCUUUCCGGCUAAAGCCAGUCGAGGGGGGUGGGGUGGAGGUAUCUUUCCGUAGGCCGCGUGCAAUGUACACUUCUAAUUUGCUUAUACUUUAAAAUUAAAACGUGCAAUUUAAGUUAUACUUAGAACCGUGUCCGCAGUAGGACACGCGUAUCGCAUUGUCACGAUCUCGCCUUUUUGUUCGCAGUGCCUUUCAUUGUCGCUGAUAACGAGUUCACAGGCCUUACGCCGGGGAGGUAACCUUGCGAUUCUUAGGGUUCGCUGUGUCACGGGGGUCCCCAGCAGCUUCAUUGUGAGCGCCUGAGUCUCACAGGAGGCGGCGGCGGGAUGGGAUGGGGGGGGGUUACCGAUCGAAUACUUGGGAAUAAUUAUCAUUGAUCAAGGCUCGCAGGAGGCCAGGCUGAAGCUCUGCCCCACAUUGUUAACGCUCAAGUUCUCGGCGAGACAGACUUUUAACACGACGACGGAUCCUUAGCGGGGUUUUUUGUUUAGUGUUUCUAUUGCUCAUUGAACCGGACGAAAGGCAGUGAUGCAUUGGAUUCGUGAUGGUUCACUUUUCAUACUGAACGCUCAUCGAUCGAGACUAUAAGGCAUUCAUAGGAUGCAUAGGGUUGGCUUUUUUGGGUUUCUCCCUCCUACACCCCAUACCCCCAGCCCCCGGGCGUGCCAGCGAGAGAUGGUGCAGCCCCUGGCAGUGCCAGUCUUGGCUGGGGAGCUGGACCCCCUGUUCGUGCGCGCCCUCGGGUACCUCCGCUCGCGUUCGCGCGACUCGGCCGAGCGACUCCGCACGCUGCUCGAUGACGCCCUGACACGCAGCUCGGGAGAUCCGGGCACUCGCAUCCCCCACAGGGACCUGGAAGGUGCGGUCAAAGGAAGCAAAGGACACUCGUCCUCCAAGCAUCACGAGGGAAAACAUGGGUCACGACCGCCCUCGGACAAGAGCAGGAGAGACGGGGACAGGAAGACGGACAGGGCUAGGCCGGAGGGGCUGGAUGUGGCUCAUGAGCCCCCCAAGAAGCCGAAGCUGGAGCGAGUGGACAGUGGCCGGAAUGGUGCUGGUGGCGGGGGAAACUCCCCUGCGCUGUUGCCCUUGCUGCAUGCACCGCAGCAGCCGGCCCCGAGCCGUGUGGCCGACAGCCCGGCACAGGAAGCCCCCAUCACCGGAGGCCCCGAGUUGUCUGAUGAAACCAACGCCGACGAUUUCGCCAUGGAGAUGGGACUGGCAUGCGUUGUGUGCCGGCAGAUGACAGUGAGCCCGGGGAACCAGCUGGUUGAGUGCCAGGACUGCCACGACCUGUAUCACCAGGAAUGCCACCGCCCAGGCGUUUCCGACAAGGAGGCCACUGACCCCCGCCUUGUAUGGUACUGUGCUCGCUGCACCAAGCAGAUGAAGAAGAUGGCCGUGCAGUCCCACAAGCUGCAGAAGGUGGUGGCCAAAGCUUCGAUGUCGCUGUCGUCAGCACCGAGCCCCUACGUGACCAAGGAGGCAGCCGUGAAGAAGCCAGAAAACAAGAGCCCAUCGGACUUCUCCUUCCAGGCCUUCAAGCGCUCCGAACUCAAGGCUACAUCCUCCUCGGCCGUCGCCCCCUUGCAGUCGACUCCAGCCUCCUGCUCCACAGCGUCGGCUGCCGGCCCCACGGGGGCAGGUGGACUCGCGGGGUGGGCCGCCAACUUCAACACCAAAACCUCAUCGUCAUCCUCAACGUCGUCAUCAUCGUCGUCAUUAACGUUGUCAUCGCAGAUGCCCUCAGUCUCCUCUUCAUCAUUUUCCACAGCUGCCCCUCCUGGAGUCCAGGUUACCAAGGCCUCUAAGCUGCCCUCUGUCAAGGUGCUCCUCAAGGCGUCGCCCUCAGCUUCCUCAGUGGGGACAACAACAACAGCAGCAGCAACAGGAGGUGGUAGUGGGCCAGUGUCCCCAGCAGGCCUGAUGGCCGUGCCGUCCAUUAAAUCAAGCAGCAGCAGCCUGGGGAAAACUAGUGCUGGCGGCAACAGCAGCGGUGGCAUCAGCAUCACCAUCAGCACAGCGGGAAUGUCCGGUGUUGGAACUGGUAGCAUUGGGGCUGGUGCGACAGUGGGGGCAGCUACUGCUACAGUGAUUGCAGCGCCGAGUUCGGCAAUCACUGCGGGCAGUGGGGGAAGCAGCAGCUCAGGGAAUGGUGCAGGGAAGGCGCCGACGUCACAGGAGUCGCAGAUGAAUGCCCUGCGGAGGCUGCACCUCGUGAAGAAGAAGGCGGCUCAGAAGAAGCUAAAGAAGUGAAAAGAUGGCGCUUGGUCGGGUAGCGCGAGAGCUCUACAGUUGGCACUCACACUCCGUUUUGUCUUCCACCAUUCAUAUUAUUUUUCCAUAUAACACUCAUUCCCUCAUUCUCACCUUCUCAGCCUGGUUUGCUAUAACUUUUAUGCUCUCUCCUUCAGACAUUAAAAUCUCUCUAAUUUACAUUUAUAUCCUCUCAUCUUUCUCAUGUUCACUACUACUCUCCUGCAUUCGUUUUUGCUCACACUCAACACGAUCACUCCCACUAAUUUUUCUUUCAUAUUUCUCUCUGACUCUUUCUGUGCUCAGUCGACUUGACUCACUCUCUUGGCCUCAUCCCAUGAGCCAACUUUAAACAGAAUGUCAUUGCGAUGGAGGAGAAGAGUACUGUGGGAACUUAGUAAAAAAACUGUUACUUUUUCUCCUGCAUAGGAAACUGGGACUCUAAAAUGAAAUGCAACAUCCUCAGGCAAUUGCGGCAACUUUUAUUGUAAUGAUAAAACUAUAUUCGAGUCUGCUAGGAUGUAUUUUAAUAUUGGUAUUCACCAUUGUAAAGUUACCAGUUUGUAUGUCUGCCACCUCAGACACCUUUCAACUGAAAAACAAACACCUGGAAAGCUUGAAAGAUUAUACAAAAGCAUUCAGAACGUUUCAUUAGACGAGUGACACCCUUUAUUUAGCCAGGUGACAACCUGAUUACAAUAAUAACAAUUGUGUAAAGAAUGUCUCUAGAGACUGUUGGUCAUCGGCAUUGCAGUCUCCCACUGAUAAGUCACCGAUAAAGACCCAUAUAACAGUUGUACUUUAAGGAGCAUUGUGACUUAAUUAAAUGCAUAGUUUUUGGUAACGAUUCUAACGUGAACUUCCGGCCAUCACAACAGUGGCACACUCUUAUGGCACAAUCUUUACUUUGUCACCAAAAUAAGCGAUCAAGUAUUGUCCUGUGAUAAAAAAUACAAAAGGGAUUGAAAUGAAAUGCAUGUUGAUAAUAUUUACGAUUACCAGUCCCAACAUUUGUAUUUACACCCAGAGGAAGGGCUGACAGGUUGAUUUUAGUAGACCAUCCUCUUUAUAAGCACUCUAUACAUUUUAAAUUUGUGAGUUGGCAUCUGGGCACAGGUUAAAGUAUUUUUAAAACUCCUACGUUUAUCUAGUGACAGCAGAGUGAAAUAGCAUAGACCUUGCUCCUCCACAUCCUUCAAGGGUAAUUUAUAACAACCACAGGAUUGCGUUCCCCUAACCGGGGUCCCAAGCAAUCGUAUAUCUGCUGAAAACAUCCUUCCAGGGUCUGCCUUGCCACAACCAUGAAAAUAUGCGUUCUGCCCCCAUCGUGAAUACACCCUAAUAACCGUGUUGGCCAUCUUCAUGUAUUAACUAGACUAGGCUGGGACCGUCACUUUGCCACAUGUGAGAAUAUCGUUUAAACUUUACUCGGAGCCAGACAUUUAAGAGUUGCUGGUUGGUGUGCCUGUAGCCUGGUCCAAAUCCUGUUUUUUUGUGGAUAAGUCUCAGGACCCUGGUUCUGAAACUCAGUCUCAUAUAGCCAGGUCUCAAUGUACACAUCCUAAUUUAUUAUUUUAAGAUAAUUGUCUUUAAACCCAUUUUCCUCUGAAAUAUUGAGUUCCUCUAACCCUAUCAUGAGUAGUCGAAUUGCAAAACAAUUAAAUGCAAACCUGGCCCGAAAACACUCACCCUGGAACCCUGACCCUAGACAUUGAUCCUAAGAUCUGGCCUUCUGGAGCCCUCGUGUCUGCAUGUCUCAGGCUUGAGUGUCAAGGUUGUGUUCGAGCAGUACGGGAUAGACUGUGCCAAUGUGUGUGCCAUGGCGGUGGCAUACGAGUUCGAGACGGAAUUCAUCGAGACGUAGGGGAUAUCGUGAUGAACGCUCCCCAUCCCGGCCGCCUCCGCCAGCCAGGAAGCACAGUGUGUAAGUGGCGAGCUCAAAUUCGGGGCUGCAGCCGAUGAAGGAGCUGCCCGCAGGCUUUACAGCUGCCUUCCAGCUGAACUGCAGGGUGAGCAGGUGGUCGUCCUCAUCAGGCUGAGCGGGGGGUGGGCAGCAGAGAGAAAAAACGAUAGGGGUAAGAAUAGAGUUGUGGUGCGGAAGAAGAAAAGGUCAAGAGGUUAUGGCCAAUACAAUGUAGAUGACACCGCUUGGAGUGAGACCAGAUUGAUAAAAAGUGAUGCAGUGAUAGAAAUGAGGACAUACAGAUAGAUAACGGGGAAACAUUUCCUUACAGAUGGGCAUAGCAGAGGGAGAUUUUAAGUGCAGAGUGGACUAUAAGAUAAGAGGGAUCAUUGCGACUGAGAGAUUAAGCUCGAGCUGGGCUAUUAUCUAGAGUUAGCGCUGAAAGGUCCAGUGGUAGCACUCGGUGGUGUCGAGAAGUACUCAACUUCGGUCCCCACUUCCCCUCCCCAUGGCCUUCCAUCAUAUAAACCAUCAGAUGCGUGCUGUUUGUCAUGAAUAACAUUUCCAUUUAAAUAAUAAACAUGGAUCAGGGAGGGUUGCGUGGUCUGCAUGGGCUGCGCUCGAGGUCGCCCUGGAGUGUAUAGUUCUUAUAGCUGGGGUUGUCUGGUCUGGCUCGAGCACCGAUUGCUGCGCUAUACCAGCAUGUUUACGGAUUUGUGCCUUGACCUUGUCCUUGUAUCUGCGGGCGACGAAGCCUUUGUAGUCGACGUUGCCGCGCUUCUCCUGGAGGUAGAACUGCACCCAGUUGUGGAAUCCGAGCAGCUCUCGAGAGCGCCUCGUCUCGCCCACAAACACGUGCUCGAAGCCACUCGAGUCGGCGCUGAUACAAGCAUAAAUAAACAAGUUUGUUGACGGCGAUUUUAUUCAUGUCAUUGAAAGUCUGUAUCAAGUAGACGGGUAUUCUUGGUUCUUUAAAAAUAUAUUUUUAUUAUCUUAUCGUUUCCCUUCUACGUGACUUUACCGAAAGAACCAAGAAUAUGAAUCCCUGCAGUCACGAAAGCUUUAAAUCAAAAUUUAAGUAGACGGGUGUUUAAAUAGGUAGUUAUUUUCAGAGAACAUUUGUUUGCACUAACAUACGCCUGUAUCAGCAAGUCACGAACGUGCAUAUUUCCAGUGGCUAUGUCUGUACUGCAGGGCCGUCGAGAGUAGGAGGCAAAGGGGGAAGUCUGCCCCGGGUAUCACACGUAGAUAGGACCCUGCAACGGGCCUGUUUUCUGGAAUUCACUCUCGUGCUUGGGCCGCUAUGAACUUCUGGAUGGGCCUGUGCCAGAUGUUCCAAAAUACCCCUUCUAAACUUUCCCGACAAUUUAAUUGUACGCGCAGUGUGGGUGUGUGGACAGAGUCUAAUAAAACAUGCCAAAAGGAAAA